AUGAAGUUGACGCCAGACGAUAUCGCAACAUUCGAGGAACUCGACCAUCAGCGCGAUAGGGUGCUUGCUCAGGGCUACACGGUCUCUCAAAUUCCGAUAAAUGCCGACCAUGAGAAGUGGAUCGAGUACAAAAAGUGGAAAAAGUUCAAGAGUCUGCAACCCGGCGCAGAGCCUGGUAACGAGCAUGCCGCUGGUCAGUUAUCAUCUCUGCCGCUGGCGAGUCUGAUGGCCACGCCACGCUCGACAACCCCCAACCAAGUUCCAAACACGAUGUUGGACCUCUUACUUGGGGUUGCAACUCAUAACGCCUCCAGUUCCCAGGCAUCAGCUCCUCAAUUCCACCUAUGCACACAGGCAAUGAUGGCCCACUGUCUUGCCAGCAGUCCUUACUGCAAGUGCUUUCUCGCCAAUCACCCUCACCCCUCUUUUCCGAUCGGCGCCCCCAGCCUGGCGCAUAGCUUGCCACCAGCCCCUACCCAUGGCUUUGGGAGAACCUCGGCCAACAUUCCGGACACAGUUUCCAGUGUGGUCGAGAUAAUGCCCAGGACGGAGAAUGUGCAGGCCGUCACUGACGAGGACGACGAAUACGAGGACGAAGCGGAGAGAGAGUCGACACAGAUUUGUCUCUAUCUGGGGAAAGACUGGCGCUCGGGCAUAUCGGCUGAUGUAUACUGGGAUUCGUCGGACGACUGGAUUUCAGAGAAGUUGCUUCGGGACUCGAACAACGUCGUUGAGCCAAGCGAAUGCCCUGUGACCUACCGAGUUCCAGAUGGUAUCCGAUUGGAAAGUAAAGGGUGCGUAAAGGUGGACUGCCGACUGUCUCGUACGGGAAAGACUUUCCCAGGCGAAUUUCAGGUGCAUGCAGCCGCUUUUCGCGCACCAGAUGUCAUUCUUGGGAAGUCUUGGGCGCAAAAGCAUGGUGCAAGUGUUCUCUUUUCGCGGCGUUCGGUCAAUUCGAAAGAUCGUAAUGCGCAAAGUCGGCCUGGCAGUGACCGCCAUGGCGACUUGCGGCGAAAGCAGACCAGGUCGCAGUCAGUCCCAAGCAACCGCAUCAUGAAGUUGCCACAGCGACGUAUCAUCGAUCGCGACGCGGUGAGGUCGAAGUGGCGCACAAGAACGGUCGCAUCGGCCCUCGAUGUCGCGACCGACGUACAUGAGUACUGCCACACCUCCAUGUCGGCUUCAAGAGAAGAAGAUUCGACGGACAAACUCGUGAAACAAAUCCUCACAGCCAGGCUCAAGAUAGCAGAGAGACAAGGCCUUCUUUUCCGAUCGACCGACGAGUUCAUCGAUCAUCUCACCAAUGAAGGCGGCCUGGACAAGAUCUCCGAUGAAUGGAUCCGCCGUGCAUCCCACCAGGCGCUCCGCGAGCUCUUGAGAGACCACCAAAGACAACAUGGAAAGUUCCAAACCGGCGCUGCUGCUGCACCGUCAAUCAACGCGACGGGAACAUCUGUUCCACACCAUAGCAACCAGUCAGACAGCGGUUACGACCCAGGCUCUCCCAUGUUGUGCGAUCUGCGCUUGCAUUCUCUGUCGCAAGAGUCCAAUUUUGAUGUCUUUUUCGUCUCAACCGCCGUGCCCAACGCCGCGCCUCUCAACCUACUGGCGCGAAUCGAUGCCGAAAAGGAUAACAACAUCAUCGAUGUGGAAUAUGCAAAAAGGCUUUGCGGAGACCAGGCCGUAGAGGGCGAACGCGUAUUGGUCAGCUACCGGUUCACUCACGAUGAUCCGGAUGGGAGAAACACCAAGAAGAUAUACUGCGUUGUCGGUCGAUUAUCAGCGGAGAACGUCAUUUUUGCCAGAGAGUUUCUUGACUCUGCUCGUUCCGAUUUCCAUUCACAAUCUCCUUUGGGUAAUUCGCCAUCCCGGAGGUCGUCUAUGGGUCAGGUCGAGUUUACUCAGGAUGAGUUAAAAGAAACGGAAGCCGAAAUCGCGGCACGAUUGGUGAACGCCAUGGCGAUAGAGGAAUUGCGGAAGAGGAAAAGAGUACACGAACAUGAUGAUGACAGACAUCACCCGGCCCGGAGGACUAAAUUCUGA